AUGGCUGGCGCUAUGGGGCGCUCAAGCGCGGGAAAGCGCGUGCGCAUAUACAUCAGGAAGCGCACAAAUGCGGACCUUGGUGAUUGGGUCAAGCGACGCAUUCGUGGCAUCAAGACUCAAUCCAAUGCUGCACAGGACAUCCUUACUACCUGUGGUGUCUCUAUUGAAGAGCUACGGUUGUUGUGGGCUCAUCAGCAGUGUUCACAACUAUCUAUUCAUGCUCCUGCACAUCUUAAAAAGGAACUGGAUACAGUUCUUGCAUUGCAGGCUGAUAUGGUCGCAUCAGAUCAGGCCCUACAGACCACCCGCACCAUGCUUGAAAAGGAGACAGCAUUGGAUGACACUAUGAAUGCUUUGGACGGUCUUGAGAAGGGCCAUCAGUGUCUCAUGGAGAAGGUUGAAGCACUCUACGCUUCACUUAACAUUCAUGACAGGUUUCCUGAGCUUCAAGGUGUCAACCUUGAUUUUCAGCUUCAACCACACUGGGCAACUCCAUUUGUCUCUACAGCUUGCUUUUCUAGCUGUGCCAAGGAAGCUGCAGACCUCUCAAAGACACUUACGCGAGGUGCAACUGAAACUAACCUUAGUUGGAUAAAUCAUCCUCUCACAUUGGAAAUUGAUAAUGAAGAAGACGACAUUCCAGACUUCGAAGCAGGGCCAUCAGAUGUUGACACACAUCAAAUUGCAUUUGUUGACUUCCUUGAAGAAGAUUCUGUUGCUAAUGAGGAUAUAGAAGACAUUGCUGAAGUGGGAAAAGCUAGUGUUACCAUCUGUUGGGUGGUUCCUGAGGUGCUCCAAGUUGAUCGUGUACCUGUGCCUCGCAAGGAUCAGAGCAUCACUGUGCAACAGCCAGGUGCGACUAGGAUAUGGGCCUCUCGAUACGGCUUUCCUCGACAAAUAUUCGAUCCAAGGGAUAUCUCCUUCCUUGGUUCCCCUACUGCACGUCUCAAUGAUCACAGCGCAUUGCCAUUCUGUCUACUCAUGACCUCCCACAUAUCCAAUACAAUGCACCUGAUGACGUCCUCUGGCGUCAAACUUCCUGGACACAUUAUUAGGAGAAGGAAGUAUGGAUAUUGCCCAUUCAUUGGUGAGCUCCUGGAAUUCCAUCUAUUUGACAGUUUUGCUGAAGAGCGCCCUUGGCAACUUGAUAUCAAGGCCAUUAUGACACUUGUGUCUUGUCUACUAACCAUUGCUCGUCAACACCACCCUGCAGUACAACUUGAUCUUCAAGGAUGGCACACUUGUCCACUUAUGCUCAAACCUCUUCAGACGAAUGGUUAUGACUGCAGAGUUUGGGUACUAGCUGGAAUUAUGGCAGUCUUACAAGGUUUUCAUCUCACAGGCUUGUGUGAGGAUGGUAUGGAGAGCUUCCGCCAUUUACUAUAUUGCCGUGUUAUCGAACUCAAUAGAAUGUAG